CAAUAACGGCCACCACCAAUUAAGCGAUAAAAAAAAUUACCCAAUAAAGGGAAGUAGUUGCCGUUUAAACAUUAAAAAAAACCCCAGCUCAACCGCCCUUGAUAAAAGCCCCCUUUGGGGGUUUAUCGGGACAGCUGCAUAUCGGCUUAAUAGGAUUCAGCAAACUGCUUCCACAAAACAUCCCCUCCAUCACUCCGAUAAGAAUAAUGCAAUCAAACCAUAAGAAACCAAGACCGUUGCGCUCACCAGUAAACCAAUGGGAACAAUCCAAUUCGAAUGUUCUUAAACGAGCCGGGGUGCUAAGCUGCGUGUUGUGCAGCAAAAAAAAACAAAUUCAAUAGCAAAAAGGUAAGCAAAACGCCAACAGCCCCCCCCUUACUUGAAUUACUUCAAACACAACAAAUCCCUCGCUGGUCCGCUUUCUCUUUGCCCGCGCCCUCGUUCGCGCCCAAACAAUUUGUUUCCAUCCUGUGUGUGUAUGUGUGUGUGUGUGUGUGUGUGUGUAAAGGGGGCUGAUAGGAUGAGACGCAGAAAACCGUUCACACCUGUACCGCACCGCCUCCUCCCUCAGUCCCUCCUCAUCGCAUCCACAAACCGUGAUGAUGUAAUUGUUUGCCCUACGAACGGGGAAGUGGCGCUGGGCGGCGGGAAGGUUAAACGCGGCCACGCUUGGGGCAGUCGAAAAUUGUCGCGCAUGCGAUCCGGUCGCACGGGCCCAACACGCACGCACGCACGGAGUAUGGACCGACUGGGACCGGGACCGACCGGGAAACCGCUGUAAGUCAGUGUGUGUGUUGAUGUUGCCGGGUGCAGAGUACACACCGCCAGAGUGGGUGGUGGUUUUCGGUGAAACACUUCGCCGCUCCCAUUGCACGAAACAUCUUCACGCCCGUCUCUCUCUCUCUCUCCCCUUCUCUCUCUCCUCUCCACUGCACUUUUCCUGAAAGAGUGGGGCUGUGUGUGCGGACGGUUGGGCGAAAGGCAACCCCUCCUGUCUGUAAGGAGGGAGCGUGCGCGCCACAGACGUUGCUGGAGCGUGUGUGUGUGUGUGUGCUCACAGGUGGAACCGCACACCGCUCCCGUGGCCCCCUGAAGGGUGGCGAAUUAGGGCCCCAGUGCAGUGAGUCGGCGAAGUCGAGAUGAAGUGAAAUUGUUUAUAACGCCAGCCCGUCGCCCGUCGCCACCCGCCAACGGUUGCUGGGCCAAUAGUCGCCGCGAGCACCACUGCAAUCAACCGCCAUUGCCAGUGGGCAAUCGCUCGCCAAUCGCAGAACUCGCAACAAAAGGGGAUCAUCGGGUUGUACUAGCGACCGCGCGUUUGCGAAAGUGCUCGGUUGUGAGAAGGGUUGGAGAGCGACCCGUUCCUUCCAUUCCUUUGCACAAAGCUUUUGCGAGUGAGUGACCGUGUGGAAUUACAAUUCGUUUGUUUUUUGUUUGUUUGAUUUGAUUUUUUUUUUUUUGAAAAUCGAAGAUAAAAAGUUUUCAAAACCACACACACACACACACGCAGACGAGCGCGGAGACAGUGACAAAAGUUUGGGUGCGCCGAAAAGAAGCUGACCAGUGAGCGCGUGUGUGUCUCUGGCUCUGGUGCAGCAGCACUAGCAGCGUCAAUUGCAUUUGCAUUUGCACCGAGCGAUCGGAUUGCCUCGUAGCCUAACAGUAAAAGCGCCUCUCCGCGGGUGAAUUUGCAGAAAUUAAAAAGUAAAAACCCUCCCAAGAAACGGUGCUUCGCAAAGCUCCGCUCCGCUGAAUGGGUUGCCGCGGCGGGAACGCGCACCGUGUGCCGAUCGAUAGUCCCAGCAGGGCCGGGGCGUUCGAAACCGUCGUAGACGGGCAGUAACGUCGUAGCCACCGACCCUGCUCCGCUGCAUCAAUCAAACAGGCGCGUUUCCGGCAAGCCCUAUUUGUGGCAGCAAACUCAAGUCCCUCUUCCGGGGUUCCCUUGCGACGACUUGCGACCACAGUGAGCGAGACACAGCGAGAGUCAGCAUGACGUCGGUGGACAGCGACAGCAACGUUCCGGUGGAUCCAAGGGUGCAGAUCGAGCUGGAGAAACUGAACGAAGCAACCGACAACAUCAACAAAUAUGAGGUCGAUCUGGACGAAGCGAAAAACGAGUUCCGCGAGCUGCUGCGGGAAAGUGCGGAAAAGAUAAAGGCGGUCGCGAAAAAGGUCGGCAACUCGAUCGACGCCGCGAAACCGUACUACGAGGCGCGGCUGUACGCAUCCCAGCUCGCGAAAGAGACGCAGCAGUGUGCGCUCAACUUCGACAAGGCCAAGUCGGUGCAUGCGGCCGCAAAGGAAAUGGUGUACCUGGCCGAGCAGGGGCUGGGCGAGAAGUCGACGCUCGAUACGGCGUGCCAGGAGAUGCUGACGCACGCGACCACGCGCGUCAACGAGAGCCAGAACGAGUGUACCGAGAUGCGCAACGUGCUGAAGAUAAGCGAGCUCAAGCUGGAGGUGGCCAACAACCGGGUGUGCAAGCUGCACUCGCAGCUCAAGGGCGCCAUCCGGGCGUCCAGACCGUACUACGAGCUGCGGGCCAACUACAACGCGGUGCUGCUCGAGCAGAAGCAGAAGGUGGUGGAGCUCGAGACGAAGGUGGCGGAAUCGAAGCUACGGUACAACGAGGCCUUGUCCAACCUGGAGCGCAUCUCGGAGGAGAUCCACCGGCAGCGGAAGGCCCGGCGGGCCAGCAGCCUGGACGAGGAUGGCGGCGGGUCCGGCUCGUCCUCGUCGUCGGCCGUGCCGCCGGUCGGGCCGGCCGGCCACGCCACCGGCAAGAUGCUCGCCUCGAUGCACCUGCCCUUCGGCCAGCAGGGGCCGGCGACCCUCGGCACCGACCACCGGCGCAUCGACAGUGCCGACGAGUACCUCGAGUUCCCGGCCAAGCUGUCGAUCAAGGCGAGCCCGAUCAAGCAGAAGUAUCUGGACAAGCUCGACUGUCCCCAUCUGCUGAAAGACUUUGCGCGCAAGACGAGCCCGAGCGCGGAAAGCGACUCGGACAACUACCAGUUCUCGCCGAACCCGACGAUCGACGACAUCACCAACAUGUCGUCGGAGGACAUCGAGCAGUGGACCGAGAUCCGGCUGUCGAACUCGAACAGCAGCAGCUCCGGCUACUCGCAGCACAACUCGCUCGUGCUGGAGGACGCCCCGACGCCGCAGGACGAAACGACCGACUCGUCGUCGGAGGACAGCCCGAAGGCGAAGACGCGCAUCAUCAAGAUGGAAACGUACGACGCACCGGAGGGGAUCGGUGGGAGUGUGCUGCGCCGCACCGACGGCAUUGCCGGCUGGAUCGCGAAGACGGGCAGCAGCGUGGUCGGGUCGGGCUCGACUAGCGGGCACGGCGGGGCCGCAUCGGGCGGGACGCCCGGUUCGGCAGCCGCCGGCUGCUGCUCCGCCAACUCCUCCUCCACGUUUGCCAGCAGCGGGCGGCGCCAGAGCCUGGACAUCAUCAUCGACACGGGCGACCGGGUGAAGGACGUGUUCGCGCAGGGCAUCCAGCGCAUCGGCAAGACGCUCGAGCGGCGCAACAGCGAGUCGGAGGUGGCGCGGGACGAGUCGGCCGGGAGCGAUUUUUUUCUCUUCCAGCGCGCGGACCCUGCAAAGGAUGGUCUGUCGGAUGAGCAGGUGGAGAACCUACUGCUAGACCAGGACUGUACCGACAUCUUUCAGAACGUGGUGAACAUAUCAAAAUGAGGCCGGCGGACGGCGGAGAGGUGGCAGGGGACGCUACCCAACGGGACGCACGAGCCAAACCAGUGUGAGUGAGAAGGUGGGGGGGAGAGGGCGCUUUCCGGACCUGGAGGAGAGAGGGAGCGAAGCAAUCGGGGAAGCAUUAGCCAUACGGAAACUAGUGAAGCAAUUUACCCAACAGAAGAAAAAAAAAUCACAAAAACAUACCAGACACACACAUACACACACUGGAGCGAAAUCAUCGUUGUCAUGUGUUAGACGAUGUUGUUGAUUUAUCAUAGAUUCUAAUGUGCGCGCGCGACAAAACAGUGACGAAAAAAAAAAACAAACAAACACAGCAAUAAAUAAACUAAUAGAAACCGUUGGUGGGGCCCUUUCAGCCCGGUCCCACCCGCGAGGUAGUAGAA